CAGAUAUAAUUAUAAGACUUCAAUUAAGAAUCAGUUCAAAAAAAAAAAGGAAAAAUAAUCAGUUCCAUAUCAUUUGCAAUUUCGUUACAAUGUCGCGACCAAUACCCAUUGAAGAAAUGGUGAGACUGUUCAAAUCACGCCACACAACAAGUUACUUGUUUAAGAUAGACAACUUCUCGUUACUCAAUAAAUACCAAAUCGAAAAGGUGGAAUCCUCUGUUUUCGAUCUUGGUGGUCACAAAUGGACAGUUGUUGUCUAUCCAAAUGGGCGUAAUGAAAAGGGUUUUGUCUCAAUCCUCUUAAAGAGUCAAGCUUCGGUAAAUGAAAAGAUCGAAUUUGAGAUCUUUAUCGUCAGUCAACUAGAGCGAAACUGGAAAUCUCAUGGCCACCAAGAAUUUGGUAUCCAUUCACGACCGGUUGCCAAGGGGGUUAAACUAAAUGUAUCUCUUGUUGAUCUUGAGAGGAACGGGCACCUUAUUGAAGAUUGUUUAAUGUGUGGUGUCAAGCUUCAUGGGAUUGAGCCUGCGGCUGAAACCGGAACAGCCGAAUGUUUUAGCUUAAUUGAGCAGCCUACCAACCACAAAGUCACUUGGAUGAUGACCAGGUUCUCGUCUUUCGACCCUCAGAAGGCUCAUCAUUCUCAUGAAUUUGUCGUUGGAAACAGGAAAUGGAGAAUUCAAAUUCAUCCAAGAGGGUUUGAGAAAGAAAAAGAUGAGUCAUUUUCUGUCUACCUUUUAGGAGAAGGGUUUAUCAACAAUGCGCCAAAUAAAAAGACUUACGCGAAAUUUAAGCUGAGGGUGUUGGAUCAAGUUAACCGCAAUCAUGUUGAGAAAACAUGUUCCGGUUGGUUGGAGACAUCUAAGGGCUUUGCAGAUUUCAUGUGUCUCACGAAACUUGUUGAGCCUUAUCUGGUGAAUGAUAAGCUGUACGUGGGAGUUGACUUUGAAGUCAUUUCUGUUGCUAGUUAUUGUUAACUCAGCAACUUCUUGCCGUUUAUAAGUUAUGUUGCUAACUAAUACACCAUAAUGUAAUGAAUAAAUCCCGGAGAAUGUUUAAUAAAAAAAGAUCUCGGGGAAUAUAUAUAUGUAAAACAAAUAAUACAUAUAUGGUGUGUUAAAGAAAUAGUAUAUGUAGUGUGUAUCAAUUUCUUCUGGUCCUUCUUCAUUUUAUAAUCAAAGUUCUUCUGGUGAUAUCUUUUCUGGUAAAAGUUAAGAUAUUUCAUGGCACCAAACUUAAUUCUGCAACUCUAAAGAAUCUGAUUCAAUAAAGAGACAUGUAAUUAAUUGUUGAAACGAAUUGAUG